GCCUACUUACAUUCACACACACUAACACAACUCCACCACCUGGAACACAAUGCACACCGUCUCGACGGUAACACUACUGGUAGCUGCGAUACUCGCAGUAUCGGCUCAGCAAUACCAACAACCAGGUGGCAAUUAUGUAGACGACUACUCAGCCUACGAGCCAGCGCGGCCAGCUCAUCCAACCCCCAGAAGCUACGCAGCGGAUGCGGCACCGUUAAACAGACAAGCAGCACCUACCACCCCUAAGCCAACUCCAGUAGCAAUCCUCAAACAGAUCAACAGGCACAAUGAAGACGGCUCUUACACCUACGGCUUCGAGGGUGCUGAUGGUUCCUUCAAGAUCGAAACUAAAUUACCCACUGGUGACGUGAAGGGUAAAUACGGGUUCGUCGAUGACACCGGGAAAGUCCGCGUGGUGGAGUACGGAGCGAACCAGUUCGGCUUCCAGCCAGCUGGUGAGGGUAUCACAGUGGCUCCACCAACGUUGGUAGACGAGACCACCAACAGAGAGGCUCUGGAGGCUCAGGCCUACCAGCAAGCGAACCAGCAGGCUAGGGCUCCCCUUAGAUCCGCACCUGCGCCUCAGCCAGCCCUCCAAUACGAGCAACCUGCCUAUCAGCCACCCCCAAGCCACACGCAGGCAGUGUACCCUGCGCAAGCACCCAGACAACAGGCCCUGCCCAAGCAGCUUUUCACUCCCUCUGGCGGUGUCCCCCAGCCUCCCAGUUCUAGACAGUCCCCAAUCCUCCAGCAAAAUGAGGAACCGUCACCUCCUUCCCAAUUGUACAAUCAGGGACCAGCUCAAUUCGGUCCAGCGCCCAUCCAAGAACGCCGGUCUCAGCCACAGCCUCGCAGUCAGAGCGGCGGAAUCCUGGACCAGUUAGCUAGAGAUUACGCUCUGCCCCAAAACGUAGCACCGCCAUUGCACGACAUCAGCUUCGGUUACUACUAA